CAAAACUCGUCUGUCAUUCGAUCUCGAAAUGGGUGAUGCAAGCAAUGUCUUCGGCUUUGAACUCGUGCAAGAAAUAUACAAUAACCAGAUCGCAAGAAAAGAGGACGUUUUAAUAUUGUUUGUUCAUUGGUAUCUGAUAAAGCAUGGAUUCAGGUGCAUUGGAAUCGGCGAUUCUAAAGCAUUUGAGCCAACAGAAAAAGGAUCACAAUUACUUCCAGAAGAAUGGAACACACGUCCAAAUUACACAUUACGUUAUAUAAACGACAGCAAAUUGUUCAUAUUUCAUGGUGUAAAAUCUGAUGAAGAUUUACUUAUAAACCUUUUGAGAGUUGACAAUCAGGAUGUAUCCAGCAUUCAGUUUCCAAUUAAUCAGACAGUAAAUGAACUUCAUGGAGCUUUAGAAGUUGUAAUACCUUCAUACCAAAAUAUUAUAAAUAUAAUUCAAAAAGAUCUUGUAGAACCAUUGCUUCCUAGCAAUACCACGGAAAAUUCUACUCAAACAAGAUCUGUAAAUGAUCAACCAAGAGACAAUCCAUUAAGGGCUGAUCCAUUGAGGGUAGAGUCAAGACGUCCUCCGUCCUCAUCAUAUCUGUGGAAUCCCGAAGCUGAUCCUACAAGGAUAGGAGCUGCAGAUUUAAAUCCAUUGGGACGCGGUGGCGGUAUGAUUUUUGAUCCGUUUUCUUCGCAACGUAAUCGCGUGGAUCCGAUUAGACCUGGCUUAGGAGUUCCUGGUAGAUUACCAUCAGGCGCAGUUCCACCGUUUGCAAGAUUCGAUCCGUUUGGCCCACCAGACAUUGAUCGGCCAAGAUCGCGUCAUGAUCCAGACAGUGAUCACUUACCUCCCCCGGGAUACGACGAUAUGUUUAUGUAAAACAAGAGAACAAAACUUUACAAAUAAAAAAAAUAUAUCGGACUUACGGCGUAGUUUUGUACUGUGUUAGUACUAUAGUCACGAGAUAUUUAUAAUUUUGUAAAAAAAAAAGAAAAAGAUAGAAAAUAACAAAGCUAUUUGAAAUAAAUGAUUCCACUUGUUUGCAAAAGAAAAAUUGCAAUGAAACAUUUUAUUUUGGCAACGCAUCAGACAUAUAAGUGAUACAUCACAAACCACUUCUUCACGAAACGACUUCCAUUCUUUUUUAUUUCAUUACUGAUGUUUUACAAUAUAACAAAAUUCCUCGUUCAAUUUAAUCCAAUGUCAUUAAUACAGCAGUAGAUAGGAAAUUACAUUAACAAAUCAAAUAUACAUAAUAAUUUUCGUUUAAAUUGCGCUAACUCGUUAAAUUUAUUUCUUUUCUUUUCAUUUUUGCAUAAUCGAUUCGAAAGGAGUGACUGUUCUUAGUUUACGUCGGUUCAAAAUAGAGGAUUUCUUUGCUACCUAAGUUGUUCUUGUUCUUAAUAUUCAUAUGAAUUGAAACAUUAUACUCUUUUCUUUUUUUUUCUUUUUUAACUUUUAUUUCACUUAACGUACGAAACGAUUUUUUCACAAUCGCCGUUUUAUAAAAUAACAGCGAUUAAAUGAAAUACCUCGUGCUUUUUUAUGGAUCACCUUUCGUCCUCUGAACGAAAUAAAAUUUUAUACAGCGUUUCGAUUCAAUUCUUCGAGAAUAAAAAGUUUUCUUCCUUUCCUCGUUUAACACGCGGUGAGUAUGCAAAAUAGUAAAUAUUCAGAUCAAAAUAUAUUUCUAAAUACAAUUUUAAAUAAGAUCUACAAAUGCCCAUUAAUUGUUCGAUUUUAAAAUAUGCGGGCCGCGGUUCUCGUUAACCUUGAUCUUUCACUAUUUAUUUUUUCCAUAGGUAGCGCGUUUUCAAUAAGCCCAAUUAAUUCCAUCUAGUUUUCGAUCCUUUUCUCCACAAAAAAUGUAUCACAGAUAAAAUAUGUCCACUCAUAAUAUACUCAUAAUUACUUCAGACAGGUGAAGUAUAAUCGCUUGAAGAAGUGAAUCGACGUGCAAAAUUAAAUUCCACAUGAUAAAAAUUCGUUGGUAACUUUCUCAAUGAAUUGCUAGAUAUACCUAAUUAAAGUAUUAAUGUUUUACUAAAACGA